AUUACACUUCUCUCUCUCUCUCUCUCUCUCUCUCUCUCUCUAUUCAAAUCUCUCUCUCUCAGUCUCUCUAUUCCUCAAAAAAGAAAGCACACUUUCUCAUGUGUUUGGGUUUCUCUUUCUCUUUCUCUCUCUCUCUCUCCCACAUUGACCGGAAGAAUUCGAAACCCUAACCGUUCAAUCAGAUCUUAGCUUCUCUUCAUUCUCUACCUCUUGUUCUGCUGUGGAUAAUGGAGCUGAACCAUAUGAGGGUUUGAAGAUGAAAUCUGGCAUGGUAAUCCCGAUUUAAAUGUACUUGAUUUGAUCUGGUGUUUGAGGAACUGAAUGAACGAAUGGAGGUUGAAAAGCGAAGUUUGAAGGGAGGCUUUCUGCAGUUGUUUGAUUGGAAUAUUAAAUCUCGAAAGAAGCUUUUCUCUAACAAGUCUGAAGCACCUGAAAGUUCUAAACAGGGGAAAGAAUAUAUCAAUGGACCGGCCCUGUCACAAUUUCAGAAGGCACAUGAUUAUGUAUUUGGCUUAGAUGCCAAACAGAAUUAUGAUUAUCACUCUGCUCUGUCAGUCAGUAGUGAUGAAAAUUAUGGGCAACGGCCACCUGGGGUUGUUGCACGCCUUAUGGGAUUGGAUUCUUUGCCGACUUCACAAGUUUCAGAACUGUAUCAAGCCCCGCCCCCAUACUCUCACUCGUAUAGAGAUUCUCAUUACCCAAGAGCAACCAGUGACUUUGGAAAUGGACAUCACACGGUAGUCUAUGAAAAUGUGCGGAAUAAAUUGGAUGGAUUUAGCAUGAAUCCUGUUGAAAUGAGGCUGCAAAAGGUGCAAAACCUCCCAAUUGAGAGGUUUCAAACUGAAGUAUUGCCUCCAAAAUCAGCUAAGCCUAUUUCAGUUACCCAACAUAGGAUGUUAUCUCCUAUUAAAAGUCCUGGGUUUAUUCCCCCUAAGAAUGCAGAAUAUAUAAUGGAGGCUGCUGCCAGAAUAAUUCAGCAAAGUCCUAAAUCAACAAUCAAGAACAAGAUGCAACAUUGCAGCUCUUCUUCUGUUCCUUUGAGAAUACGUGACCUAAGAGAGAAAAUGGAGGCUGCUCAGAAAUCAUCCAAGGUUCUCGAAGCAUCUCAAAGAAUCAGAGACCACAAUUCUGUUAAACCUCUGAGAAGACAACCUACUGAGAAGGUCCAGGGUCAGCCAGAAGAGACACACCCACACUGGGCUGCCGAGGUACCAAGGCGAGAUGUUUCUCACAGUAAGGGUAAGGAGAAAUCAGUUUCACUUGCAGUUCAGGCGAAGACCAAUAUUCAGAAAAGGGAGGGAUCAGCUCCAACUGGUAAUAAAACUUCUGUAACUUCAAAGGAAUACACAGAGGGCAAAUCUGGUAGGAAUAGGUCAAAUAUACAAAGAAGUGUGGAAAAAAGAGCAUCCAGCAAGACCUCCAAUGUGCUAAGGCAGAAUAACCAGAAGCAGAACAGUUCAUCUAAUAAAGAUGGGGAAAGCACAAAAUCUUCAGUCUCUUACCCAAAAGAGAGGAAAUCUUCUUCCACAAAUGACAUAUCUAGGCCCAGUAAGACUGUAAAAAAUACUGUCGUAAACAGAAACAGUUCUGGAGCUGCAAGAUCUAUGGCAACUGAUAUUGGAAAGGAACCAUCUACUUCUAGAUCAAAGACACUUUGCAGAAAGGAACAGCUAGUCAAUGGGGAUAUUCACUCUGAUGGAAUUGUUCCCAGCAGCAUAUUGAAGAGCAAAGAUGACAAGUCAGUAAAAUGCAAUGUCACAAUUGAAGGAUGUACCAACUGGGAUGGAGUUGAGAGGAAAAAUGGUAUGGAUGUUAUUUCAUUUACAUUCACAUCUCCCAUUAAGAAAACAGUGGCGGGAUCCACAUCUUCAAGCCAAAUUAUGGAAAAGAAGAACAUUUUGUCUCUCAUUUCUGAUUCUUGUGACAAUCAGUCCUUUCCAAAAUCAUCCAUCACACCACCAUUAGGUUUGAAUGUAAUUGGUGGUGAUGCUUUGGGUGUUCUAUUAGAUGAAAAACUGAAGGAGUUAACCUCUAUGGUUGAGUCAUCCGGUCAAUACCUGAGUGAAAAUGGAUCUAUUUCUAGUUCUGCCAACACCUUACAAAACUCUGCACACAGUCUUGAUAGUCAUGGAAUUGUAUCUACAGAACAUAACAGGUCUCAACCCAAUCUGAUUAGAGAGAAAACAAACAUCAAAUGUGACUCUGUUUCUUCUCCACUUGGUGUUCUUCAACCAAAAACAACAAAGAAGUGGCAGCAAUCAGAAGAUAUAGAAGAGGAUAGCAAUGGUAUCUAUAAUGGAAAUGGAAGAGAAUUUAGUUUUCAAUAUCCUAGCCCAGCCUCAAGUCUGGAGCCUUCUUUCUCAGCAGAAAGCUGCACUUUGUCAGACAGCAAUGAAAGCUUUUUUGGCGAUGGCACCAAGAAUCAUGUUGCUGGAUCUCAUGAAGUUAGGAGUUGGAGUUCUUCGAUAGCACUUACUGUCGAAGAUGAUAUGGAAUUAUUAGACUCUGCUUCCUCAGUAUCUAUAGGUAGCAGCAGAAAUAGGAAGGAGUCAGCAGUUGCAUUCAUUUGUGCAGAUGUUAAGGGUUCAACCUAUUGGGAAUUGGAAUAUAUCAAGGAUAUUCUCAGAAAUGCAGAUUUGAUGAUGAAGGAGUCUGUUCCAAGUGAGGCCCACGGGAUCAUAUCAGCAGAUCUCUUUGACCGGUUAGAGAUGCAGAAGGUUGGAUCAAACAAAUACGUAGAAGCCUUGAAGGGUAGGCGAAGACUGCUGUUUGAUUGUGUGGUAGAGCAGUUGGAAUUCAGACACGAGCAGUCCAUUCGUGGGAGUUUCCAUACUUGGGCAAGAUGGACCACGCUGGUACAACGGAAGGAGUGGCUGGCAAAAGAAAUGUACAGAGAGAUAUCGGGGUGGACCAGCAUGGAAGAUUUGAUGGUGGACGAGCUCGUGGACAAGGACAUGAGUACCCAACAUGGGAAAUGGACCGAUUUUGGGACAGAGGAACUUGAAGGAGGUAUGGAGGUUGAGAAGGAGAUUCUAACAUCAUUGGUUGAAGAAUUGGUCUAUGAUAUCAUGCUGUCUUGAGGUCCCCUCUUAAAAAGCUUCAACUUGAUUACCACAUAAUAUAUAUAUAGCUCUGGUUAACAGUAUUCUUUCUCUCUUAACCGAGCCUCCCUUGCAAAAUAACAAGGCGAUGGUGGAAAUUCAUAGCGUUAGGAACUCUUGUGCCUGUGUUUAUAUAAUUUCUUCAUUUUAACUUCCAGAUUGAAUCAGGUUACUGUGAUUAAAGAAGAUGAGGUUGCUUAAAUGUUACCUUCAGUUUCACCUA